AUGAGUGAUAAAGGUCUUCUCGAGCAGCUGAACCGCACAACGGAAACUCUGUCGCACUCGCUGACCAAUUUGAUUAGAUAUUCGUCGAUUUCCAGGGAACGAGACGACGACGAACAUGAGACCUACGAUGUGCCCGAAUCCAUUGCCAAAACGUCCACGGCGGGCCUCAUGAUGGUCAAUGCGCAAACUGCCCAGCUGGUGCGUGGAAUCCAGGACCUCAUGGUGAUGACUCGGGGCAUUCGUGAGAAAUGGCUUUUGACCCAGAUUCCAGACGAGAAAACGGACUCGCAGCAAGAUCUGGAUCUCGAAAAGUGCGCUCGAUUGCUAGAACAAUGGGAAAAGGAAGUUUUGGGCAAGAAUUGA